UUAAUGCUAAUCGUAACCGUGAGAAGAAACAGACUGUGUCCAGAGACUAAGUCUCCAGUUCUGGUAACAUUCGGAACCAGAGCAGUGGCUGGAGGAGUGUGAGAUCCAGCAGAAAGCAACCGAAAUGACCAUCUCUUCUGGCGACUCUGCCUCCUUCUAUGUGGAUGUUGCGUCUAUGUCCUUGGGCCCCGAUGAGACUAUCUGCUUUGUAGACAGCCUUGAUGGAGUGCCUGUGAUAUCUGGCACUAGUUCAAGGAAUGCCUCCACAGCCAUCACUACUAGUUGUAGUAGCGAUGAAAAUGGCUUCUCAGUUGAUGCUGUUGCAGGUAUUUCAGUAACCCUGACUCUACUGGUGGUCCUACCAGUGGGUGUGCUGCUGGGCUACUGUCGAAAGUGGUCUCUCGCAAAGUCUCGAAGCUACACAUCA